GGAUCGCAGCUUCUUCGGCGCACAGACUGUGACGAUCCGCAGGUCACGCCGAGUGGUCCAGGGUUUUCGGUCAUGAGACAAUCUUGGCAUAUAGCUGUGCUGGGAUCCCCGAUAAGUACUCAGGUGCUGCUCAGUGUUGAUCACCGCGCUGAUCGUGAAGUCGACCGGCUUCAAGUCGCGAUCAACACGCAGACAAUUUGCUAUGCACCUGUUCUUUGUGUCUCUCCGUACGACAGUGCAUUCGGAGAAUCCCCACUUUUGCUUCCGGAAAUACAGUUUUCCUAGCCACCCGUACCUCGAAUGGAUUCGGCAAGCGCAUAAGCACCUAUUCGCACAACAAAGGUGCACGAACUCACCGAGUGGCCUAGCCGUACCAGUAUCGUGGCGACGUGCUAGUGCACGCCUAACUCCGGGACUAGCGGCCUCGCAGCCUGUGCAGCAAGCACGUGCACCGAGUCACCGUCCCGCGAACGCUCUCACAUCCAUCUGGACCUACCGGGCAUCCCCAGCAUUUAUCGCAUUAUUUUACCUGCUUCCCUUAUGCUACCUAGCACCUCCCACGCGGCGCGGACUAUGCCUGGACCCAAGGACGCUGGCCGCGAGUUACCGGUGGCGGUUCUCUGUCGUCGUUGACGGUUGGAUCAUGGCUCAUGCAUCCAAUCAGUGUUCUUCGAGAUCCCCACCAUCUGUCCAAUCUGCCGGUGCAGAUUUCAUAGAACCUCGGGAGACAUUCAAAUUCGGACACAUGAAGACAUUUGUCCACCAUGCGUUCUGUUCUCCAAGAGAAUGUCCGAGACUCGACUCUCGUCCGCGUGCAAGUCUCCUUGUUUGAGCGACAACACACCACACAUAGACGUGUCAAAAGGAAGACGUCACACCCC